AAAAAUAUUCUAAUCUAUUAGCUCCAAUGACAAUAGAGUGACCUUGAUUAAUCCCAUGGAUUUCUUGGUGUUAACCUUUAAAUUUAAGUGAAAACUUGAAAAUCUCCAUUAAAAAAUCGUUAUGUAGUAAAUAACCUACUGGAAAUUAAGAUCACCAAUAUUUGAAAGGUGUAUAAUUUGGUUAGAGAUAAAUAAACAACUUGGAAUAAUGGAUGAAUUGGAAAACCGCCGAGAAUCAACUGUUUCCGAAGGCAGAAGAACUUUGCUCAAUGUUUCAAGCACUAAUUUAAUGAUGGUUGGCCCUAACUUUAAAGUUGGUCGCAAAAUUGGCAAAGGAAACUUUGGUGAAGUUCGUAUGGGUAAAAACAUCUACAACAACGAAAUAGUUGCUAUAAAACUUCUCACAAGAUUCGAGCACAUUCAUAGUAAAAGAAUUGUGUACAGAGAUGUGAAACCUGAAAAUUUUGUGAUUGGACCGCCAUCUUCAAGAAAGGAGAAAACAGUGUUUGUCGUAGAUUUCGGACUGGCCAAAGAGUUUAUGGACGAGAACGACGAGCACAUCCCCUACCGGGAGCACAAGUCGCUGACGGGCACCGCACGCUAUAUGAGCGUCAACACUCACAUGGGUCGCGAGCAGAGUCGCAGGGACGACCUCGAGUCGCUCGGUCACAUGUUCGUGUACUUUCUGCGCGGGUCUCUGCCGUGGCAGGGCAUCAAGGUGGAUAAUGUCAAGGAGCGCUAUCGGCAUAUCAAAGAGAUCAAACGCACGACGCCCAUUGACGUAUUGUGUGACGGAUUUCCAGAGGAAAUGGCUAACUUUUUGAGGUACGCUCGAAAACUGGACUUUUUUGACAAGCCUGACUACGAUUGGCUCCGGAGACAAUUCAAAGAUCUGUUCGAACGACGGGGUUACAGCGAUGAUGGCAUCUUCGACUGGACCGGACGCAUUCAUAAUAAUUCUUUCUCCAAUCCUCGUGCCUCCUCUUAAAAAUUUUAUCUUUCAUAUUAGGAAAAAGAACGAAUAAUAAUUUUUCAAUACAAACUAUUUUCUUUUUUUUACUUUUUGUGUAGUUGAGAAGUUGAUAUUUUGGUACUUAUUCAUAUUAAAUAAGAAAACUAAGAAAUUGUCGAAAACCCACAUUGAAAGUUAGAAAGACCGGUUUCGGUUGUUACACUAUAUUGUCAAUCUCUGAUAUUUUUUUUAUCUAUUGCUAUAGUAAGAUCCACAUAUUUGAUUGACAUUGGUGUUGCUAUCCUUGUCUAUCAUUUGACAAAACAGAUAGCGUUAUCCUAUU